AUGUCUGUGAUCAUCUCUACACCAAUAACCGAGCUUUUUGGGAUCAAACAUCCCAUAUUGUUAGCAGGCAUGAAUGUGGCAGCUGGUCCGGAACUAGCAGCCGCAGUGACGAAUGCAGGAGGACUUGGUGUUAUUGGUGGACACGGUUAUACCCCAAAGGUACUCAGGCAGCAGAUUCAAGCUAUUAAGAAGGACUUGAAGGAUCCAAAUGCACCAUUUGGGGUUGACCUACUUAUCCCUCAGGUCGGCGGGAAUGCAAGGAAAACAAACUAUGAUUACCAGAAUGGGAAACUAAACGAGCUCGUUGAUAUCAUCAUUGAAGAGAAAGCAUCUCUUUUCGUUUGCGCUGUCGGUGUACCACCACAGCAUGUAGUCGAUAAAUUACAUACCGCUGGUAUACCCGUCAUGAACAUGGUCGGACAUCCCAAGCAUGUCCCGAAAGCGCUUGCGAUGGGAGUUGAUCUAAUUUGUGCUCAGGCCGGGGAAGGCGGUGGUCACACAGGCGAUGUCCCCGCAUCGGUCCUUAUUCCUGCGGUCGUUGACGCAUGUCGUGGACAUGUCUCUCCGCUGACGAAGAAGCCGGUGUACGUCAUCGGCGCUGGUGCUGUGUACGACGGGCGCGGACUCGCCGCAAAUUUAGCAUGGGGAGCACAAGGUGUCUGGGUAGGCACCAGGUUCGUUGCAUCCACGGAAGCAAAUGCGCCCAAGGCACACAAAGAUGCGCUCGUAACCGCAGGAUACGAGGACGCCAUUACGACUCUCAUUUUUACCGGUCGGCCCCUCCGAGUCAGGAGAACGCCCUACGUUGAGGACUGGAAUAACAAUCGCCAGGCGGAGAUUAAGGAACUCACAUCCAAGGGUAUUAUUCCUGCGACUUGGGACAUUGAACAACACCCAGAGAAGUCGCUGCAGGCUAGAACAUUCUUAAUAGGAAGAGUGGCAGCACUCAUCAAUGAUGUGCUGCCUGCUCAGCAGAUUGUGGAUACGAUGGUGUCAGAUGCAGUGAAGAUACUGCAGCACGGCGCUUCGCUAGUGUCGACUAAAGCAAAGCUAUAG